AGUAUAAAUGUACAUUCUUUUAGUAUAAUAAAGCAGUACAUAUGUACAGUAAUUUACGGUGUUCUGCAUGUUGUGUAUUGGCUAAUGCUAGGAAUAAAUUAAUCCAUUAUACAGUGUAUUAAUAACCAGGCCAGUCAUAACUUGCUUGAAGUUUGGGUUAAAGAAAAAGCUGCCUUCAUAGUUUUUAUACUAAAGUCACAUAAUUAUAAUUAACCAGCAGUUGGGUCAAAGCUGCCGUGUAUUUAUAUUGUUUUUAUACAGUUAUUAGUUAAAAAAUACAGUCUUUAAAUCUCAUCUAGUUAAGACGCUGGGGGAGGUUGGGGGCCAGCCGGUGCUGUAGCUACAGGAUCUCCCGCGCCUGGAGUUCAGAGCGACACACCAGUCAGAGCUGAGGGGAAAUCAACUGAGAAAAAUGGCAUCAUCAGGAAGAAAACAGAACAAGAAGUCAAAACCAACAGAAGGUCCUGCAGACAUACAGGCUUUUGACUUCAAUGUUGAAGAGGAGAAGAAAGGUCUUAGUGGUUCUGAUGAUGAAGCUAGAGAAGAAACUCCCAUUGUUGACAAACUGGGCAAGAAGAGAUGCGGAGGUUCAUUUGAGGAAGAUGACGUAGGUGUAGGUGUUGGCAAUGAAGUUCAGACAAUGUUGGAAAAGUUUGGAGCUGACAUCAGUAAAGCAAUGCAGGCCAAAAGGAAGCGCUUAGAGACCUUCACCAAAAGCUCUCUGAAAGGGACCAACCAGAAAAUAGAACAGCUGUGGAAAACCCAGCAUAACCAGAGGCAGAAGCUAACGCAAGAGUACUCUCAGCAAGUGUUCUCUGUGCUGCAGCAGUGGGAAACUGAUGUUCAGAAAACAGAAGAGCAAGAGGAGAAAUUAAAUAAUUUGUUUAGACAGCAGCAGAAACUCUUCCAGCAAGCUCGAGUUGUGCAAAGCCAAAAAAUGAAGUCCAUAAAAGAGCUGUAUGAACAGUUUGUCAAGAACAUGGAGGAGAUGGAGAAGAGCCAUGAGGCUUUCCUCCAAGGAGCACAGAUGGAGCUAAAAAAGGAGAUGGCCUUAUUGCAGAAAAAGAUUAUGAUGGACACAGAGAUGGCCACUGUACGGAAGUCCCUCCAGUCCAUGCUGUUUUGAAGAGUAGAUGAUACACUGUUUAUAGACCUGAAGUGCUUUCAGUGCUUAUUUUGUCUUUCAGAAUUCAUAACUGUUAUGUAAUUUGUUCUUUUUUAUUUAUUUACUAAUUGGAAAUGUGUGCUGUGUAUGUUUUAUAUAUAAAUUCUGUAUACAGUACAUAUACAAAAAUGUUUCUUGUACUGAGUAAACUUUUUCCUUCCUCACAGUAGAUUUUCAUUUUUUUUUUUUUUUUUUUUUUUUUUUACAUAUUUUCGUACUUCUUUGAGUCACACAAAAGUGUUUGAUCUUUUUCAUAAAAAUGUAAGUAUGGAAUGUCUUGCAAAGACACUGUUAAACUGGACAUGAGAACAUGGCUAGAUAUGUUUAUUGAGAGGUAUUUUAAUUCCAGUUUCUUGUUCAGAUGGUAACUAUUCUAAGUUGUAAAAAGUAUAAAAUGUUUAAUUCUUGAUUGAUGUUUAAAUUCUUGAUCAUAAUGUUUAUGUGUAUGAGUUUACUUUGAAUUAGUAAUGAAGUUAAGGUAAAAGCAAUACUCUAGCUCUUAUCACAUUAAACAAUAUGAGCAGUUUUCUA